AUGUUGGAGAGUACCGGCCAAGGAGAACGGGAGCACUGCUGCGACCUCCCCACGUGCGCGACGCACCUCGGCAAGCUCCUCAAGAUGCAUGCGUGGCGUCCAGCGGACGGCGGCGGCGGUGGCGGUGGCGUCACCGCGACAACCGGCGCCUGGAGCAGCAUGGUCACAACGACAGCCGCGGCAGCUACCCCGGGAAACAAGCUGGGCGCGGAGUUCAGUCUGAGCGGUACUACUAGCGAUUUAGCAGAGAACCGUGAUACCAUGGAGGAGCUCGGUAUGCCGAGCGUGGCGAGGGAGGGAGGGAGGGAGGAAAAACAGGGAGCUACUGACAAGCCUGCGCGUUCGGACGAGGGAGCAGGUGAAGAUUUUCACAGCAUUGAGAAUCCGGGAAGACUCCACGCAGAGGCUGCGGGGGGGGGAGCCGGUGGUCGGGUGAAUAGCGGUUUGCCCGUCGGGGAGGUGACGGGUGCUGUAAUGAGCGGCCAGAAGACCGGGUAUCGGACGAGGGUAAUGGUCCGGCCAGAACGGGCCGAGGAGUACAGGAGCACUGCCGCGGCCGGGAAGCAACAGGCAGCGCAGAGACACCUCCUGGAUGCUGAGGUGAGCCUGAGCGGGAUCAGCGGUUUGGCAGAGAACCGUGAUACGAGGGAGGAACUCGGGAUGCCGAGCUUCGGAGAGAAGGGGGGAAAGAAGAGCAACUUGUACGAAGACGAGGAGAAUUGUUCGGAUACCCACUUGCCUGAACAAACGACUGCAAACCCUGCGGCCUUGAGAGAGGGAGAAGGUGAAGAUCUCCACAGCGUCGAGGGAACGAGCGGGCUCCACUCAAUGAGCGAGGGGGGGGGAGCCGACGAACGUGGGAAGUUGGCGGCGUUAAGACGACGGGUGAUCGCGCUCCAGGCGACCGCAUUAUUAGGUAUGACAAAGAGACUGGAGGCGGAUGAGACCGCGCUUAGUUUGAGAGACCUUCUGAGGACAACCGUGGACGAAGCACAGCUAGCCCACGUGGAGCGGCAAGUUGGCGGGCGAGGCCCGAUGCCCGCCACAGAACACGGCAGAUACUGCUCCUCAAUUCACCCCGGAGUGUUGGAAGAUAUCACAGACGUGGACUCGCUGUCCGGGUACGACUACACGACAGCUGCCGAGACUGUUUAUGUCACCACGGCCACCUCCACCAGCAACGGUGGAGCGGGUGAGAGAGAGGAGGGGAGAAAGCUCCCCGGACACCCCGUGCAAGUCGGAAACUGCAGCACCAGUACCAGCACCAGCACCGUCGUUGUGUGUUUCAAGGGCGAACAAGCGGAAAUUACCGCUACGAAGAUUUUCGAGGAAGAAGAGCGCGGGACGGCAGGUGAGGAGCAAGACAAGGUGGUGGGGCACACGAACGUUUCAGAGGGAGAGAAGAAGGAGGAGGAGGAGGAGGAGGAGAUCGACAUGGGCGGGGGCAUGGACAUGUUCGGCGGCGGCGGUAAGUCGGCUUCCGAUUUUGCGUCCCUUCCUUCUAAUAGACGUAAGUGUCAACACAUUGUNGAAAAGGAGGAGGAGGAGGAGGAGGAGGAGGAGGAGGAGGAGGUGGUGGUGGCAUCGGGUGAUGGUGUAGCGGAAGGUGCUGAUUCGAACAGGGUCUUGCCUUCCGAGGCAGGGGGCGGCAUCUCUGAGGACUCUAGACCGAGAUCAACCUGCGCGUCCACGGGGCUGAGCGGGAAUAGUAUUGAAGUGUUCCGCUUUUCUCCGAUCACGGUCUUGUACGAUCAUGAGGCCUUCGGGAACGAAAAGCAGAUCGUCGAGGGUGCGGCCCAGGAAGACACCACAAAGGAGAGGGGGGACAUCUUGGGCAACCGGCGUGGCUCGCUACAGGAUGUCUCGUUUCUGUCCGGCAACAUCCACAUCGAGAUCGGCGACGGCGAAACACAGGCCACAAAGAAGAACACAGCUGAGAAGGAGAGGUAUGAACUAGAGGAGUGUGGCUCACACAAGCGCAGUACAAGGCCAAGGAACCCCUCGGCAGCCUGGAGCAACGCCAAGCGUAGCGUUGCAUGGAGCAACGCCGAGCGUAGCGUUAGCAUCCGCCGCGAGAUCGGCAACAGCGAAGCACAGGCGACGAAGAAGGACACAGCUGAGAGUACAAGGCCAAGUAACCCCUUCCUACCCUGGAGCAACGCCGAGCGUAGAGUUAGCGGGUGCGGCGCCCGACACGACGCGCUGCAGAGGUCUCCCGACCAGGCACCCUCCAGCGUUGUCAAUACUUCGCGUCGCACGGAGGAGCGAGACACAACCGACAGCAAUGAGGGUGGCGGUGGUGAUGAGACCCAGUCAACGCCGCCAGAGGCAAUCGCGGGAGAAGGCGGCGAUAUUGUGCAGGAGAUCGUUGGUGUCGAUGCCAACACACCGCGACUCCUGGCGAUAGGUAACUCUGACAAGUCUGACCUUCAAAGCGAGAAGGGAACGGAGCGGCAGCGGCAGCGGCAGUUAGAGGAUGGGAGCCGUUUGCGGGCUUGGCGAGUGGGCAAGCUUAGCGCCCUAGCCCUCGUCCUCAGGGAAGCCGAGGACGCCAUCUGCGCAGGAGAGCGCGGUGGCCAAGGACGAUCGCGGACCACACUUCACACUUCAGCUGGUGUUGGUUUUUGA